AUGGCACUUCCCUUUGAUGUACUUUUGGAUGACAUUCUCUUUGCAGACACCACCUUUGCAUCACCAUCACCAUCACCCCCUGCUAUUGUACCUACCACCACCACUAACACGGUCAACAACAAUAACAACGCCGCCUCUUUUGGCAGCUACUGUCAGCAAGGACCAUCACCACAACAACAACCUUGGGUCAAUGGAUCGCCACUAGAAUGCCCAUCAUCAACAGCACCUAUCAUGAUUCCCGAAUAUCCAAAGGCCAAUACCAUUGCUGGUCAUAUGGAACACUACCCCAUGCAGCAGCAGCAUUAUGUAGAUGACAACGCAUGCGUGUUGUCGCCCGUGUUGUCGAGCAGCGAAGGUAGCUGCAGUAGUUCUUGCUAUGAUUGCCAUCCGUCAUUGUCCUACUUUCCGUCAUCAUCCAUAGUCGUUCAACAACCCAUCACGGCUGCUUCAGAAUCAACAUCCACUCCUUUAUGUUGGCAACAACAACAACAUCAUCAACUUCAAGAUGGUCCAUACAAUAAUGAUACCCCUAUCCCCAUCACCAUCCCUACUACCACUAGUAAUGAUGCUACUACUACAACUUGUACAUCUACUACGUCGGCUGCCAUUGAUAUCACAGCAACAGCAACAUCCGUUUGCUCUGAUGAUUGGAUGAUCCUCCAUGAAGAUGUCGGUGAUAACAAGCCUACAACAACAACAGCAACAGCAUCAAGUCAUCGUCGCCGGCCACGCUUACACCAUUGCCCCUAUUGCACACACACAAGCAAUAGGGCCAAUAACAUGAAAGAGCACAUUCUUACCCAUGACCCACAUCGCCCAAAGAAUUUCCCUUGUCCUCUUUGUGGCAAACGCUUUGCACGCAAACACGACAUGAAGCGUCAUACAAAAUCGCCCCAUCACCAGCAUGCGUAUAUCCGAUAG